AUGGGACGCCCAUGGAAAUCCAUAACUCUCGGGGUGCUGGCACUUUCGCGCCAAGCAUGGUGCUCUGCGGGCGACAUUUGCUAUAUGACAGGAGCCAUGACUAGUAUCGUGGACGACCGAUUGUACUUUUUUCAAGGCAAUUAUAGCACAGUUACCUAUGAUGGCCAAUCCAUCGAUCUCAGUUCAACAUUAUACUAUCUCAAACUUGACGAUAAUUACCUCGUGGAGGCCAAUAUUCCCCAAGCAUCACUCAAUAAAGAAACAAUCAGCUCAAACAUUACCGUGGCCUAUAAAAUGACAGAGCGAACAGAGCAAAAGGGCGCACUUUGGAAAACGGAUGACACGUUGUUUUUUCUAGGUGGUGGCUACCAUCAAGGCGUCAAUGAAAUUACAUCCUUUAAUGUUUCAUCUGAAACGUGGAAAAAUGUGCAAGUGAAAGGUGGAGACUUUAACAUGGGGAACCGAACUACUGCACAAACUGUCAGCGUUCCUGACGCGGGGCUUAGCUUCAUCAUGGGCGGAAAUGACCCCUAUAUCAAUGGCAUGAUCCGUUUCGAUGCAUCUAAUCCAGAUAACAUUUCCUGGACAAAUGAGACGCUGGACAACGGGUCAUAUGGCGUCGAUGUGCCGAAUCUGAAUGCAGGCUAUAUGGUUUAUAUACCCGCUAGCACAGAGGGUAUGCUGAUCGCAUUCGGAGGUGGAAAUUACUCUGCAGGUCUCAGUCCCUACUCAGGAUGGCCGUGGGAGGCGGAUUGGAACAUCAUUUACGUAUACGACAUUGCUUCACACACAUGGUGGAUGCAAGAAGCUUCCGGUGAUCCGCCAGCAAAUCGAGAUCAAUUCUGUGCUGUUGUGACCGAAUCGCCUGAUCGUGGUGCAUUCCACAUCACGACAUACGGUGGAUGGAGCUUGACCGAUCAACGGGCAUACGAGGACGUUAACAUACUUACCAUCCCGUCUUUUCAAUGGAUCGACGCCACCGAACUUUCAAAUCAGACCAAUCGAGAGCAACAAGCUAACUCCACCAUUGGUCGCAGUCAGCUCAGCAGUUCUUGCGAAGCGUAUCGGGGAUCACAGAUGAUUGUUCUCGGGGGAAAUGUGCACUCCGGAGCAUACUCACUCACCAAUGGAGCAUGCAGUGAUGUGUUUAAACCUUCUCGUGUUCUAGAUCUAUCUACAUACAAAUGGGCAUCAAACCUCAACACCAGCUCGACCUAUGAGGUCCCGUCCAUCAUCUAUAAUAAAAUUGGCGGAGGUGCUACCGGCGGAGCAACAGUAUCGGUACCAAGCGCCGGAUUCGCAGAUGCCACGCUUGCAUCGUUGAUUCAAAAGCGUGUUCCGUCCCCAGCAAAAUCUAGCCCUUCGUCAUCUUCUUCUGUUGAAUCUUCAACAACUAAUUCCUCGUCAGCUCGAUCGAGUGACAAGUCAAAUCACACAAACGCUGGUGCUAUUGCUGGCGGAGUUGUUGGUGGGGUAGCUGGACUGAGUCUGAUAAUUGCCAUAGUGUGGUACAUGGUUGUUCGGCGAGAGAAGCAAAAUCCGGUAGUCCUGGAGCCAUCAGAGAUUCCAAGAAAGGUGCCAGUCGAGCUAUCUGGGAAACAGUAUGCAGAGAUGCAGGGGGACAAGCACUACCCAGAAAUGCAGGGGGAUGGCAGACACAUUGCUGAGUUGGGCUAUUGA